GUGAGUCUUGAUUCUAUGUAGUAAAUAGCCUUGAAUACCCUCACUAUCUCACUAUUCCUCUAUACACUGACUGCGUUUCCCUCGGGAAGCAAUUCGGUCCCGUCCGUAACGGCCAUACCGUGUCUUACCGGCUUCCCCGCCAACCGAGGCUCACGGACUUGGCUUGUACUUGGAUCUCUCCUAAAUUAAGUCCAGCUUCUUCUUCAUCUUCUCCUUCAAACUACUUUCUAAAUCACAGGGAUGUUCACUGCUUCUGCGCGAAGCCGUCUCUCCACCCUCUCAAGGCAACGGCUUCCCCCGAACCCUCUCCUAGCCCGCUCGCUUCGCAGACUCGGGAUCUCCCCUGGCAGCAAUUUAUUGACACGCUCCCAUACAGACUCUCACCAUGGCCCCCCGCCGAGCAGCUUCGUCCGUCCCCGAGGACUCCUCCCUCAACUCCCCGUGCCGUCCCUGGAAGAGACCGGUCGUCGGUACCUGAAAUCCGUCCACGCGGUCGUCUCCGAGGCCGAGUACGAGCGCACCAAGAACGCUGUCGAGGCUUUUAUCCGCCCUGGUGGUCAGGGUGAGCCUUUGCAGAAGCGUCUGCUGGCUCGUGCGGCCGAUCCUAAGAUUAAGAACUGGCUUGCGGAGUGGUGGAAUCAGGCCGCUUACCUCGGUUACCGGGAUCCUGUUAUCCCCUACGUCUCCUACUUCUAUUCUUACCGUGAUGACCGUGAGCGCCGUAAUCCUGCUAAGCGCGCGGCUGCUAUUACCACUGCGGCGCUGGAGUUCAAGGCGCAGGUUGAUGAUGGUUCCCUUGAGCCUGAGUAUCUCCGCAAGGAGCCUCAGGCUAUGAGCUCUUACCAGUACAUGUUCAACUGCUGCCGUAUCCCUGCCGAGGGGGCAGAUUUCCCCCGCAAGUACGCUGCCGCUGAGAACCAGCACAUUGUUGUUGUGCGCAAGAACCAGUUCUUCAAGGUGCCUUUUGUCGUGGAUGGCCAGCAGCUCAAUGUCUCUGAGCUGGAGAAGCAGUUCGAGCGUAUCUAUGAGAUCGCACAGCCUGCGCCGCCGGUCGGUGUCUUAACUGUUGCUGAUCGUGACCACUGGACUGCUGCUCGUAAGAAGCUUGUUGCUGCCGAUGCGGCUAACGAGCUCGCGCUUCAGGAUAUUGAGUCGGCUGGCUUCGUGAUCUGCUUGGAUGACGCCAAGCCCGUCACCCUUGAGGAGCGCGCCCAGCAGUACUGGCACGGUGAUGGCUCCAACCGCUGGUUCGACAAGCCUCUCCAGUUCAUUGUCAAUGACAACGGUACCGCUGGAUUCAUGGGUGAGCACAGUAUGAUGGAUGGAACACCCACCCACCGUCUGAACGACCACGUCAACAACCUCAUCUUCAACAAGAAGAUCGACCUCUCCCCCAAGUCUGUCCGCUCCCAGCUCGCAGACCCCAAGCCCAUCAACUUCAAGCUGAACGACGAGUCCAACGAGGCCAUCGACUUCGCCGCCCAAUACCACCGCAAGCAGAUCGCCUCCCACGAGCUGGUCGUCCAGGCCUACCAGGGCUACGGUAAGGGCCUGAUCAAGAAGUUCAAGUGCAGCCCCGAUGCCUUCGUCCAGAUGACCAUCCAACUGGCCUACUUCAAGAUGUACGGCAAGAACCGUCCCACCUACGAGUCUGCCUCCACCCGCAAGUACGCCGAAGGCCGUACCGAGACCACCCGCUCCGUCUCCGAUGAGAGCGUCGCCUUCUGCAAGGCCCACCAGGAUCACACCACGCCCCGCGAGGAGGUCGUCAAGCUGUUCCGUGCUGCCCUCGCCCAGCACACCAAGUACACUCAAGAGGCUAGCGCCGGCCACGGCGUCGACCGUCACCUCUUCGGUCUGAAGAAACUCCUCCAGCCCGGCGAGAAGCUGCCCGAGAUCUACCAGGACCCUGCUUUUGCCUACUCCAGCUCUUGGUACCUGUCCACUUCCCAGUUGAGUUCUGAGUAUUUCAACGGAUACGGAUGGAGUCAGGUCAUCGAUGAUGGAUUCGGAAUUGCCUACAUGAUCAACGAGAACAGCCUCAACUUCAACAUCGUCUGCAAGCGUCUCGGCGCCCAGCGCAUGAGCUACUACCUCAGCGAGGCUGCCACCGAACUGCGCGACCUCCUCAUGCCCGACCUGGUCGCUCAGCCCGAGAAGCCGAAGCUGUAAAUGUAUUCUCGCAUAUACCCGGUUUUUUUGCUUUUGGGAAGAUUUUGUCUUUUAUUACAUGUAUCUCGUUCCGAUAGAAGGUAUAUCUUAUGUCGAUUUUUAAAUCAAAUCACUUGUAUUUUCUUCGCUAUCCUGUAUAAGACUUUAUUUCUUUUAGAUUGUCUUUCUUUUCUGUUGAUUGGAAUUACGGGGUAUAUAUAUUAAGAUU